AAAACAAGGAACUGAAAUUUAAUGUAGCGUGAAGAUAAAUUUAUAAUUUAACUGGAAAGUGAAUUUCUAAAAAUGUCAAGGAAUCAAGGACUUGGCGUAGGUGAUUCAUUUCAAAGGAUAAUUGCGCUUUGGCGGGCGCAUGCGUCCGCGAUCAAAGACGAAGCGGUGGGGCAGAGGAGCACAUGUUGCGAUAGCGCGGCGUUUAAUCUUCAGUCGCUCAGGAACGCGCCUCAAGUGCAGGUAUUUCCAUAACAGAUUGGUGCUUACUAUACGCGUGUCUUCGAUAAAACGCAUCUGCAUUUCGACGAGUCAUCUUAUUGCCCUUAUUACCACCACCUUCUUCGUGAAGUAUUUUGUGAAACUAAGGGAAAGUAAAAGUAAAUCGGUAAUAAAAAGAUGGGUGGUAUGACGCAAAGACCAUGGACCCCGACGAAAAGGCGAGGUCCCAUCGCUGCGGAGUACAGCAGUCCAGGACCUGCCUGUGUAACUUUGCCACCAUUGAUUGGAAAAACUAUUCCCGACUCUAAACGUGGCAGAGCACCAGCCUACUCUUUUGGAAGCAGACACUCGUCAAAGAAUGAUAGUCCUGGACCUGGACCGGGUCAAUACAAUGUAUCUGGACUUAGUGCGAAAGGAAAAGACGGAGCACCAGCAUCGUCUUUACACGGUCGCACGAAAUCCACAAAACCGGAAAUAACUCCAGGACCUUGCGAUUACAAUCCGGAAAAGGCCGAGAAGGUCAUUCUGGACAGUUCACCGAAAUACUCAUUCGGCAUUAAAACUCAAACUGAGAAGAUCGACUGUACACCUGCACCAAGCGACUAUUGCACCGAAAAGGUGAAUCUCGACAAUACCCCCAAGUACAGUUUCGGAUUGAAACCUGUACUGGAGAAACCGAGCGAUAUUCCUGCACCCGGCACUUAUUAUCCGGAAAAGGUAAGAUUGGACCACGCGCCGCAAUUUACUUUCGGACUUAGGCCUUCUCUUGAAAAGCCGAGCGAUACCCCAGCACCUGGUACCUAUAGCCCGGAAAAAGUAAAUUUGGACAAAGGUCCUCGAUAUAGUCUCACAGGAAAGGGCCGUGAAGAGAAACCUGACGAUACCCCUGCACCAGGUACGUAUUGCCCAGAGAAAGUGAAAUUGGAUAGUGCACCACAGUUUACUUUUGGAUCGAGGACACCUCUUGAAAGAAUAAAUGACACCCCAGCCCCUGGUACUUACAGUCCGGAAAAAGUUAAUUUGGACAAAGGUCCGCAAUUUAGUUUAAGUGGCAAAACUUUUUAUGAUAAAUCAGAUAAUAAUCCAGCACCUGGAACAUAUUCUCCCGAGAAAGUAAAUCUUGAUAAAUCACCCCAGUAUAGUUUUGGAUUAAGAGUACCACUUGAUAAACCAAGUAAUAAUCCAGGACCUGGAGAAUAUUGUCCAGAAAAAGUAAACUUAAAUAAAGGUCCUGAAUAUAGCUUAAGUGGUAGGAGGCCUUCUGAAAAACUAACCGAUACACCUGCACCAGGCACGUAUAGUCCCGAAAAGGUAAACUUAAAUAAAGGACCACAGUACAGUUUAUAUGGAAAAGGAAUGUCAAUAAAACCAGAUGACAAUCCAGCACCUGGAACAUAUAGCCCUGAAAAAAUAAAUUUAAAUAAAGGUCCUCAGUUCAGUAUAUCCGGAAAAGGAAUAGUAGAAAAGCCCAAUGAUAAUCCAGGCCCUGCUGAUUACUAUCCAGAGAAAGUACUAAAUUUGGAACAUAAACCUUAUUUCAGUUUUGGUAGUAGAAAGUCCUUGGAUAGUCUUAGAAAUACACCAGCUCCAGGUACAUAUUCUCCAGAAAAAGUAAAUUUAGAUAAAUCGCCACAAUAUUCAUUCGGUUUAAAGACAUUUGUCGAGAAGCCCAACGAUACACCUGCUCCUGGAAGUUAUCAUCCUGAAAAGGUAAAUCUGAAUAAAUCUCCCCAGUACAGUUUUGGAAUUAAGACAGAAGUACAUGGAAUAGAUUCUGUACCAGGUCCAGGUACAUACAGUCCAGAAAAAGCUAUGCUUUUAUUAGAAAAAGCAUUGCAAUUUACUUUUGGUUUAAGGACAAAUGUAAGCAGACCAAAUGAUAUUCCAGCUCCAAAUCUUUACAAUAUUCCUUCUGCUCUUGGUGGAACAAAGGAAGGCAACAAGAAAGCCGCACCAGCUUAUUCUAUCUCGGGUAGACAGAAAGUGUUUACAGAUGAUCGUGUCUUGGUUCCCGGACCUGGGACAUAUGAAGCUGUAAAACCAGAUGCAAUCAGAGUGAAAAGUCCCGCUUACAGCAUGAGUGCUCGAUAUCAAUUGCCUGACGAUCAUUCACAAAUUCCAGGACCUGGGGCAUACUGUCCGGAAAAAGUAAUUCUUGAUAUUCCUCCAGCACACUCAUUUGGCAUUAGACAUUCACCAUAUAUGUGCAAUCUGAAGGACGUCGUUUAUUAACAUAACAAGUGGGUUUCAUCAUUGAUUUACCUUGAAAUCAUAAAUUAUAUAUACAAAUUGACAUAAUUGUAACAAUAUUUAAUUAUAAAAUGAUAACACGA